UCUUGACGAAGGGUGGUUUUAAAAUUUAAUAAUGAUGAUAAUUCUGUGUGUUCUGAGUUGUCCUUGAGGUGGGGAGUUUUCACGCCUCCCCCCCCCCCCAAUGGUGGAACUGGAAUUUCAGGCUCAAAAAAUGGUUCCCUCCCGAAAGCUGCCAGUCUCUCUCUCCCUAAGGAGGUGAGACUUCGCUUUCCUUCAACGCUGUUCCUGGUCCCUGCCAGCCAUUGAAAUUCUUUGCAGGAUUAUUUGGGAGGCAGUCUUUCAAGGGGUGGAAAGCCUUUUGUCAAAUCUUUGCCAAGGCCUUUGCAAGCACGCCCCAGUUGAACAGAGCCAGCUCUCAGAAAACAAUGCCCUUCUAAAAUGUGGGGUUUUUAUUUAUUUUUAUUUUUUGGGAGGGGGGGUAUUGGGUUGUUUUUCUUUUGAUUAUGUAUUUUGUGUUUUUAUGUUGUGGUUUUAUCCUAUGAACCGCCCUGAGACCGGUGGGUAGAGUGCAGUAUACAACUUUGAUAAAUAAUAUAAAAUAAAACUGAGCAUAGGAUCCAGCUUCUAGGGCUUGGCCCCCCAAUAAAAUAUUUGAGGGGUCUGGCUGCCCCCCCCAAAAAAGUUGAUGGUCAUCAUUGCCGUUCAAAUGGUGUGCAUACGACCAGGGCCGGAAUUAGGUUUGAUGAGGCCCUAAGCUACUGAAUGGAAUGGGGCCCUUUAUAUGUCCAGCUGUCCUUGUCAACAACAAAUUGUGGCUGUUUUUUGUGUUGAAUAGAUGCUAUAUGGUAAUUAGUGGACCUAACAGGCAUCUAAAGCCAUUUGCACAUAACAAAAUAUGUAUUUUAUCAAAGUAAUUGAUACAGAAAUGAGCAAACCAGUGAUAUUUUAGGGAGCAGGCGACCAGGAAGGGCCUAUUACUUACAUCAUAGGAGCCUGCACAACACAAAACACUGUUGCUGGAUGUAGGUUUUAUUUUAUUUGUUUUCUGAUCUUAUAUUUUGGAAAUGUCCAUCCAGUUUUUUACCUUUACAUUUUUUGGGGGCCCCAAGAGAGUGGGGUCCUAAGCUAUAGCUUGUUUAGCUUAUACCUACAAGUGAAACUCGGGAAAUUAGAAUAUUGUCGAAAAGUGCAUUUAUUUCAGUAACGCAACUUAAAAGGUGAAACCAAUAUAUGAGAUAGAUGCAUGACAUGCUAAGCAAGAUAUGGCAAGCCUUGCCUUCUGGCGGUUCCCUCGUUGCGAGAAGCCAAGUUGCAGGGAACUAGGCAGAGGGCCUUCUCCGUGGUGGCGCCUGCCCUGUGGAACGCCCUCCCAACAGAUGUCAAAAAGGAAAACUACCACCAGACUUUUAGAAGACAUCUGAAGGCAGCCCUGUUCAGGGAGGCUUUUAAUGUUUAAUAGAUUAUUGUGUUUUAUUCUUUUGUUGGAAGCCGCCCAGAGUGGCUGGGGAGACCCGGCCAGAUGGGUGGGGUAUAAAUAAUAAAUUAUUAUUGUUAUUGUUAUUAUUAUUCUUUAUUAUUUUUAUUAUUAUUAUUAUUAUUAUUUGUCAUUGUCAUUAUUGGUCGUUAGGUGGGUCAAUUAUAAAUGGAAUGUAAUUAAUGAAAUGUAAAUGGGAUGUUUAUUUUUGUAUUAUUGUAACUUUGUUUUAUUACUGUGGAAUUUCCAAAAGAAAGCAUUUGUAAAAAUUAAAAGAAAAAUAAUAAGUUGCAUUACUGAAAUAAAUGCCCUUUUCGACGAUAUUCUAAUUUCCCGAGUUUCACCUGUAAAUCCGGGACUGCUGCACGGUGCGUCACGUCUUGCGAUCGAUUAUGCGCCCUCACCCCCGAUACAGUAUUUUAUUCAAGUGGGCGCCCCUGAAACUGAGCGCAGGAUUGCAUUUAUGCGGGUGCCAUCUAUCCGAGGAUGGGGCGUGCGCGUAAGGAAGGACAGCCACGGAUCAAGGCGACCGGCCUGCACUUGGGGACACGGACGGACUUUGCUAUGGGGCGGGGCUCUGACCACCCACAAAGUCCGUCCGGGAUACCGCUGAUCGCGGCGCGCAUCUCUGCCAGCGGCCAGGGGUUCUGGCUCCGUUCUUGGCACGCCUUGGAGCGCAAGUGGCGGCAGGCGCGCAGCGUUGCGCAAGGCUCCGCGGGAGAAAGAGGAAGGAUCCGGCCGGGGCGCGCCUGGCUGCUGGGCACGAACCUGCCUCCCGAGGAGGCGGAGCAGCAGGAGCAGCAGCGGCGUCCGCCUCUUCCUCCGACCAGCGGUGCGCGGAGCCGGCCAUCGCGGGCGCAAGAUGCGCGCCUAGGCUGGUGCCUCCUCCCGCCGGGCGCAAGAAGCGCGCGAUGGCCGCGGCGGAGGCGCUGGCGGGUCUGGCGCUGGCGCUGGGCCUCUACGCCUUGCUCUAUUACAACUUCAUCAAAGGCGCCACGUGCAAGAACGAGGCCAGCCUGCGGGGCAAGACGGUGCUGAUCACAGGUGGAAACACCGGGAUUGGAAAGGCAACGGCGCUGGAUCUGGCCCGGAGGGGAGCCCGCAUCAUUCUGGCUUGCCGCGACAGAGGGCGAGGAGAAUCUGCCGUCUAUGAUAUCAGGAGGGAAAGUGGGAACAAUGAAGUUCUCUUCAUGAGCCUGGACUUGGCCAGCUUCAAGUCAGUGAGGACUUUUGCAGCGGCUUUCUUGAGAUCUGAGCCCCGCCUUGACAUUCUCAUCAACAAUGCAGGUGUCGGGUCUGGAAGCCGAAGUGAGGAUGGCUUCAAUUUGGUGUUCCAGGUGAAUCACUUGAGUCAUUUCCUUCUGACCCACCUCCUCCUGGAGCGGAUGAAGCAGUGCGCGCCCAGCCGUGUGGUGGUGGUGGCUUCCAAAGCACAUCAAACGGGGAAGAUUGACUUUCAGAACAUCCACAAGCCAGUGGACGGGCAGUUGGCAGGGUUCCAAUCGUACUGCAACAGCAAACUGGCCAAUAUAUUGUACACCCGGGAGCUCGCCAAUCGACUAGAAGGGACGAACGUUACCUGCUACGCGGUCCAUCCAGGGGUAGUUAAAUCAGAUUUUUUCCGUCACAUUUCGGUUUGGCUGAAGCCUCUUUUCCUCCCCAUCUGCUGGCUCUUCUUCCGAGACACGACCAAUGGAGCUCAGACGUCCAUCUACUGUGCCACUCAGGAAGGCAUUGAGAAGUACAGCGGGCGCUAUUUUGCCAAUUGCUGGCUGCGUGACCCCAAGCCACAUGCCCGGGAUGACGCCGUGGCCAAGAAACUUUGGGAAGUCAGCGAGAGGAUGGUGGGGCUGGCGAACUAGGCUGCGGUGUUUUUCAAAGAGGGCUCCUCAUCUCCAUGGAAAGGGGGGCCUCUGCAAACCAAGAGUCUUAAAACAUCCUUAAACCUACGUCAGGAAAGAUGACAGGUCAUGAGAAGUAAAGCACACCUGGCUUCAUACUGGCAUCUUCAUCCUGCAAUCGCCUUGGAGUGGCCCUGAUGUGCCCAGGGCAUUUGACCAUUUCAUGUCUUGGAUACCCAGCGUUACCCUGGCAGCUUAGCCUCCAGUGAGAGGGAAGAGCAUCACAUAAUCCUCUUCAAGGGUAGCUGAUUCUCACUCUGGUGCUAAAACAUCCUGCCAUUUGUACCAUUUCCAGGAGUACUGUAAUGAGAUUAAAAAAUCCUUCCAGUAGCACCUUAGAGACCAACUAGGUUUGUCAUAGGUAUGAGCUUUCGUGUGCAUCUGAAGAAGUGUGCAUGCACACGAAAGCUCAUACCUAUGACAAACCUAGUUGAUCUCUAAGGUGCUACUGGAAGGAUUUUUUAAUUUUGUUUUGACUGCGUCAGACCAACACGGCUACCUACCUGUAAGGAGUAGAUGAGGAGAGAGGAGAGAGCAGCUUAGGAGGGGGAAGACUCACAAAAGCAGAACAUGCAAAAAUCAAGUCUAAUGCAUUCUGAAAGGUUAAAUGCAAUUAAAGCGAAACAUUGAAACAUUAUUAAAAUGCAGUAAUGAAAACCUGCACCUGGGGUCUCUAUUUCCUAUAUCAAAGGGAUCCCGGGGUCAUCCAGUCCAAUGCAGAACUCUCAGCUCAAUUCUUUCAUUUUUAUCAGAGCAGCUGAUUGCGGUGGAAGCUGAAAUGUUAAAAAUUAAACUAUUUAGGUACAUAUUAUUUCACUCCCCACAAUAUUUAUAUGCCACCAGAGUGGUUUACAGAAAAGGAAUAGAACAGCAAGAUUAUCAGUGAAAUUUUUUUUAGAACCUAAAACAAUAUUAGUAAUAAUUAAAACAGAUGGCAGUUUGUUUGUGUGUCUGGAUAGGCUUCCCCAGACAGAAAUGUCUUUGUUGUUUUUUAGUUGUUUAGUCGUGUACGACUCUUUGUGACCCCAUGGACCAGAGCAUGCUAAAUGCUAAAAUACGUGUUUUUUAGCAAGUGGGGGGGAGCAUAAUGUGGCCACUGUAAUUUUGAGCUGGGCAAGACCGGAGUGGCUGAGGGGGCAUCUAUGUUGAUCUGAGGGGGUCUCUCAAGGAUGGUCAUUUGAAAAAAUGGAGGGCAAAAAAACUCUGUUGCUAAUCACAGAAUAAAUAUAUGCAGGGAGAGGAGACAAAUGGGAAAGAGGCCCUUAAAAGACGAGGACCAUUCAGAUGUAGGUUUUUAGGACCUGCCUUGCUUCUGCAAUGGCAAACUGUUUUUAAAACUCCUUUUAUAUUAUAUUUUAAACGUACCCAACCUUGGGGCGAAGGGCUACUAAACAAGAAUGAUAUUUACUAUCAUUGAUUGAUUGAUUGAAUGAAUGUACCCCACCUGGGACCUGGAGUGUGUGGUGUGUUAAUAACAAUAAAAAAUUAUAUUUUUAUUUAUUGUGCCCCGUCUGGAUAGCAACUUUUUUUCGAGUUCUGAGGACUUUGUUUAUUGAAUUGAUACACUGCCCUUCGCUGCAGGAGGAUCUCGUGUGAAAACGCGAAAACACAUAACAUAAUAAGGAAAACCAGACAACGCGACGUGUGUUCACAAAGGGCGCGUGUUCUGAGGAAGAUUGGGGCGGGGGUGCACUUUAUUUUAUCCUUUUCUUUUUCUCCCCUCACACUUUCCUCCUCCGCCCAAAAUGGCGGCCUGAGGCGGCGGCGGCGGCGGCCUCUUCCUCCUCCCUCCGCUCCCCUUUCCCGCUCUUUCCUUUCCCCGCCCACGCUCCCCCUUCCCCGCCUCUGACGCACUUCCUGUGG